UGGUGACCCACCUAGCUCCUGCUUCGCUCCAUCGCUUUCAACUAUCUGAUUUAAUGAAACGAAAGAAACGCUCUCUCUCUCUAAACAACGCUCUUUUCAUCGCUGCAGCAGCGAAAGACAGAAGAAACACGUUUUGGUUGUCCCUCUUCUCUCUAUUUCUAUCCUCUGCCUACUACUUCUGCUACUGAUAGCUGCUUCUUUCUUCUCCGGCUUUUUGAAGAAAACGCAUAACUGUUACUUGCUACAAGAAGUGAAGAAUGUGAGUUUUCAGCAGAAUUUCUGAAGAUGUCUCUCAGCGACAUGCUUUGGCUGCUAAAAAACGUCAUAGAAGCAAUAGGAUGCAUAAUACCAUUCCAGAUUGAGAUAGAAUCAAAUAACUAGCACUUGGAACCCGUUGGGAAAAUGUAUCAAACAAGUUCAAGGCAGCAAGAAACAUCAAAAGUUGUGAAGGGCAAAAUUGUAUCAUCUCAAGAAAGUCCUAGUUUGAAGUUUCAAGACAAGCGUGAAAUAGAUAAUCCAUCUGGUCAACCAAACCUUGAUCAGGAUCGUGAAUUCAGACAGAGUGCAAAAGGCGGGCUCGUAUUCCAACUGAAAUCUUCGUUGAACCACCAAAAGCAGCGGAUUGGGAAGAAGGCAAAUAAAGACAAUGAGCUGGUCAAGCACAUGUCAAAUUUGCCUGGCUAUUUACAGCAAGUGGAGAAAGGAAAAAAUCACCAAGAAAAGGCUUUGAAUUUUGGAGUUCUUGAUUGGAAGCAUCUAGAAAAAUGGAAUUGCAACCAAAAACAUGUCCUGCAAAGAAAUGACAUGAAUACUCCAUCCUCUGGCAGUAAUUCCACAUCUUUAAGUGGCUCCUCUUCACUUUUUAGUUCAGAUCAUUCCAAGAUUCUUGCUCCUCAAAGAAAGGAGACCCCAUUAGAUGGUUCUCAUCUUAAUUCAUCUCACGAAGAAGCCCUUUCUCAAGGCAUCAAACAUUCUCAAGGGAAAGGCAUUCAACUUCAAGAUUUCGAAACUGCUCCAAAGAGUACCUUGGAUGGGCAGAGAAACCUCCUCCAGACGCAGAAGUAUUUUGGCAGAAAUUCUGCCAUAAAGAUGGAGAGGGUCAAAGGAAGAGAUCCAGAUCAAUUGAUUGCUUCAGAAAAGGAAACUUCUUCUUUUGAUUUGAGACAAUAUGGGUCCUCACACACUGCAAAGGAUUCAAUGAGUGCUCAUGAUGGUGAAACUAGGCAGAAAUCAGAGUUGCAAGCAUCAGAAUUUAAUCUUUCUCAUGAGCACUGCCCUGGCAAACACUAUAGUGUUGUUCGCUUUUUUCCCAAACAUUCUCCAAAAAAGAGUUGCUCAGAGGUAUUUCAGCUUUCCGGACCCAGAAUAUCAUUUGAUGAAAAAUUGACACAAGAUGACUUUUCAUCUGAGGGAUUUCACUCUUCAGAACUCAGUUCUGAAAUUUCAAACUCUAGCACACUGUCUGCUGGCAUGGAGGCCAACACAGAAUCUGAUAUGAAGCCAUGUAGCUUGAUUGGUGCUCAGAACACGGAUCUUCCACCCAAUGCAUCUCACAUGUGCCCAUAUUCAAUUGAAUCACAAACCAUGUUAUCCAAUGGCGAACCUUUAGAUGAGAAUAAGGCAAACAUAAAGCCUUCAAGUUCAAAUGAAACUGAAACUUCCAAGAGAUAUGAUGCUGAAACUGCUGGACAAGGGACUGCCCGAGGAAGGCAUCCCUCACCUAAUCGCCGGUUUGCAUUUAGCCUCGGCAGGAUGAGCAGAAGUUUUAGUUUUAAGGAGGGUUUAACUGUUCCAAAAUCCUCACAUUCUACUGUCAAUUCUGGUCAAGUGAGUUCCAAAACUUCUGAUUGUUUGGAUAGCGCAAAUGGAAAAGAGAUUAAUGCUCAUAGCAGAGCCAGGACCUCCCCUCUAAGAAGGUUACUGGACCCUUUACUGAAGCCCAAGGUAGUAAACCCACACCUUUCUGCCGAGUCUGUUCAGCCAUUGAAAGAAAAUCUGAAUUCUUGUACCUCUUGGCCAAUUAAUAGUACGGAAUCAUUUCAGCAGAAGAAGCAUGAGGCAUCAACUGUUGAAGCUCUUCUGCAGCUUACAUUCAAAAAAGGAUCCCCUUUAUUCAAACUUGUGGUUGGUAAGAACAGUGACAUUCUCGCUGCUGCUGUGAAAAAGUUCUCAUCAGGGAAGGAUGACUCUAGCUGGAUUUACACAUUCUACUCUGUUCGUGAAAUUAAGAAAAAGGGUUGUGGGUGGAUAAAUAAAGAGCUUAAAGGAGAAAGUUGUGGCUUUGGCUAUGAUGUUGUUGGUCAAAUGAAGGUUUCCAGCUCAUGUUUUCUAGAUUUGGCUACACAGAGCUCCAAAGACCAAUUUGCAGUGAAAGAGUUUGUCCUGUAUAGUGUUGAUCAUGGACAGAAGGGUCAGGAAACACCAGAGUUCAUGCCAAACAAGGAGCUUGCAGCCAUUGUCAUCAAGAUCCCAAGUGAGAACUCAAACAAGGAUGGAGAGCAGAGCAAUAAAGUAAACAAUUUUGCAGGGAAGGGGUUAACUUAUUGUUUGCAGGAAGAUGGGAACUCCUGUAAAACGGGAGCAAAUAGUAGCUCCAAGAGUACUACAGUUAUUCUUCCUGGUGGCGUUCAUGGCUUGCCAAAUUGGGGAGUACCUUCACCAUUGAUCAACAGAUGGAGAUCUGGUGGAUCAUGUGACUGUGGGGGUUGGGAUGUUGGUUGCAAACUACGAAUUCUCACCAACCAAGCUUAUAGCUGCAAGCAUUUAGGAUCAUCUAGACCUUGCUCUACCAACGAGGAGCUUGAUCUUUUCCUUCAGGGUCAAGAGGACAGGCCAAUCUUCAGCUUGGCAUUAUUCAAGGAAGGAAUUUACUCAGUUGAAUUUAAUGCAUCAGUCUCUUUGUUACAAGCAUUUGCCAUUUCUAUUGCAUUUGUGAGUAGUCAGAAAUCAUCCGAGGUCAUGGAAGUGCAUAACCUGUCUGACACAAAGCUUUCACAGGAAUCUGGUUUGAGUGGAUUUAAUGGAAUUGAAUCUCCGACCAUAGGCCAACGGGAAGUGCCGGCAAAAUAUUUCCCAUGCCCACCCCCUUCUCCUGUUGGGAGAGUCUAGUUUCAUGCACAGGGGAUCUGUUUGGUUCUUGGUUCAUGCAUUUAGCUGUUAAAAGUUCUUGAAAUAACAAAGGAAGCAGCAAGUCCACCUCAAAGAGGGUUCUUUUUCAUCAAUCACCAUUUGUUUUUUGGUAAAAAAAAGGUUGGUUGUAUGGUAUAUUUGGAAGACGACCUUUGAACCACACAUGUUGUGGGAGAAAAUAGUUGUGACCAUUGUAAUUUUGUACCAGAUACAAUCAUUGGGAACAUGUAAGUACACAAGUUAGCAAUUUAUGAGCCACGGCUACUUUUCUUCCUUA